GAGGUCUGGGAACGCCGCUGGGGACACCUUGGCCACUGGCCACCCUCAGCAGCAGCCGCACCUCUGGGACACCCACGGGCUCGACAGCAGCGCCCGCGGCGCGCAGGGCCUCGCCCGGGCGCCGCGCACCGCCCGCGGCCCGGGCGGACGGCGCGGCGGAGCCCUCGGGACGCAGCGCCGCAUCGGCGGCAGCGGGCCCGAGGAGCCGCCCAGGCUCGCGGCGCUGCGCCGCGCGGCCUGGCGGCCGCCGCGCGCCGGCCUCGGCGCCGCCACCGGGGCCGCAGGCCGCGGCGGGGAGCGGGUCGAGCCCCCCUCGUUGGUGGCAGGCACCCGGUACUUCGGCGCCGGCGAGCAGGACUACCAGAAGCUGCUCGCGCUGAUCGGCUGCCUGCAGCGCGCGGGCGUGCGGACGCUGCUCGUCGCGGUGAACGCGGCCCAGGAUCGGACCAACGCCACGGCUCGGCUGCGGGCGCGGCGGCAGCCGGCGCCAGCAGCGGCAGGCGCGGCGACCGAGCUUCGGGUGGAGGUGAUGCCGGUGUUGCCGUGGAGCGUGACGGCCCCGCUCAACGCGAUGCUCAGGGCGGCGCGUGCCCCGGCCGUCAACGCGAGCCACCUGCUGCUGGUCUCGGUGGAGGUCUCGGUGACGCCUGCGGCCGUGCGGGCGAUGGUCCAGCAGGUCGACGACUCGGGCACCCUGGUGGCCGGCGUCGCGUUGCCAGGGCACCGCCCGUGGGGCACAACGCCUGCGGCGGCUCAGCAGUGCUCGGACGGCUCUGCGAUGGCCACCACCGGCAUCGAGGGCGACACCGUUCCGUGGAACACGCUCGCGCUUUGGAACGUCGACAAGCUGAGCCGGACUGGCUUCCUGGCUGGCGCUGACUUCCAGGACCCGGCGGGGAUGGAGGAGGCCGCGCCGAUUGCAUUGCUGCAGCUGCUUCUUGGGCCAUCGGCGGCCCGUGCCAAGCUGCUGCACCUGCCCGCAGGGCAGGGCGCGGCGUGGACGACGGGCUUCGAAGAUGACCCGGAGCGCGCGGCGAAGCAGGCCCUCAAGAUGGCGACCAAGCGGAAGCGGGUUCAGCUGCAGCUGGCGGCGCUCGGCGGGCUGCAGGGGACGGUGGAGCAGUGGGCCCCCUGUGCAGCUUGA